CAUAUCCAUUCAUACAUUUUAACUUCUACUCAAAACCCACCGCCUACCCCCCACCAUUAAUCCGUUGUUUCCUCCCUCGACGUUUCUUCCCCGUUGCCAGCGAUCGAAACCAGUGCUCGGCGUCUCCUCUCUCUCUCUCUCUCUGUCUCUCGGUGAAGGAUCUCUUCAUCUGCCCUCUUUUCUUUUUGGAGUUCGAGAUUGCUUCCGUUGAUCGACGUGGUAAACGUUUGUGGGGGGGAGGGGGUAUCGGAUGUCGAUUGCAGGGGGUGAAUUUGGUCGCGGUGGGGAUCGACGGCUGAUUCGAGUGUGAGGAAAUCGGGCAUGGGUUUCUUUCCAGGCUGAUUGGAUCGGCCUUCUUGUUUCGGUGGUUUCGGUGGGAUCUUCCCUCACUUUGAUCUUUGUUUGGGGGGCGAAUAUUUCGGAGGGAAGAUGGGGUAUUUGAACUCCAUCAGUGGGCUUCAAGCAGACGGUGCUCCGGUCAGCGGGGGAGGACUCAGUCAAGAUGGGAAGUUUGGUUAUGGGUAUGCAAGCUGUCCGGGGAAAAGAUCUUCGAUGGAAGACUUCUAUGAGACGCGAAUUGACAGCGUUGAUGGAGAAAUUGUUGGCUUGUUUGGGGUCUUUGAUGGUCAUGGCGGUGCCCAAGUAGCAGAGUAUGUUAAACAAAACCUCUUCAGCAACUUACUCAGGCAUCCAAAGUUCAUUACCGAUACAAAAUCAGCUAUAGCUGAUGCAUACAACCACACGGACGCAGAAUUUUUGAAAUCUGAGAACAGCCAGAACCGAGAGGCGGGUUCAACUGCAUCAACAGCUGUCCUUGUUGGUGAUCGUUUGCUCGUUGCAAAUGUUGGGGACUCUAGAGCUGUCAUAUGUAGAGGAGGAGAUGGUAGGCCCCUCAUCCUUAAAUCAGUUCUCUUAUCAUCAAUUAUGUGUAACGGAUUUCUGUACUUAAUCUAGAACUAAACCGGCUCAAUUUAGAUGGAGUUUACUGCAUUUUUUUUUACUAACUGUAUUCUGACAACCCAACCUAUUUAAGAGCAAUAUUUAGAAUGUGACACCAGUGACAUCUAGGUUCUUAGGAUAUAUGUAGGUUCUAGACCAACAAAGUUUUUUGGCCUUCUCUUGAUCCUGCCAAAUGCUAUAGUAGCUCUGUGUGUCUCUGGUGUACUGAACACAUUGAAACAAAUAAUCAUAUAGUUUCAGAUUCUUCAAAAAUAUAGUAAUAUAAAAAAGUAUAGACAGGAAGGAGAAAGAGAACAUAUUCCUGUUUGGAUUCACAGAAUUUAAGCCUGAAAUUGGAGAAUUGAACCUGCGAAAAAAUCUUCAGAAAUGGCUGAAACUGCACACUUAUGGUGAUAAAUGAGGAUUUAAAUUGUUGAUGAUGGAUGAGGUGCUAAAGUUCAUUACGCUCUCGUAUUGCAUGUACUCUUUUUGAAAUGAGAUUUGAAGAUUAAUAGUUUACUAGCAAGUUAAACAGGAUUGGAAACUUAAUAUUAAGUU